GAACCUUCAGAACCUCAGACAAGGACUUCUCCAUCCUUCUCCUCGGGCGAGACUUCAUUUCCAGUCUUCAGAGUUGCAGAGAGACCCGGCGCUCCUUUCCAAGUCCGAGUCGGUACCAACCACCGGGGCAAAAUGGCCAUCUCUGACGCGUUCGGAUCAUACAUCUCCUUCGGGUCCAAAUUUGUGAGCACGUUCUUAUUGACUUUCUCUCUUAUUGGAAUACAAGCCAUUUUAGACUCCAACUUUGUGUGUCCGGCAACAAAUACUUACAGCCCGGUCCUCGUAUGUUUCUACAGCCUCUCGUUCUACCUGUGUCCCGCCAUCAUCUUCGUCUACCUGGGACUCUACUAUUUUCCUGGAUUCAACAAGAAGAAGGAAUGUUGCCCGUGUUGGUCUGGCAGUUGGGCUUCUUUCUACGUUUUCCUGGAGCUCGGAAAAGCUCCAAUGAUUUGGCUCCUGAUAGCGCUCGCAGACGGUCGGUACAUGUCCUGCUUCGUCUUUGCGGCCUCUCACUAUCGCCUGGACCAUAACUACUACUUAUUCAUAUUUCAGACCACUGGAAUGUUGGCUAUUACCCUUUUGGUCAUCGUACUUUUUUACGCAGCGAAGUGCACCUGCGUGUGUUUGGAGAACAGUCGGCGUGCGUACGAAAUGCUGUCGGACGUGGAGAAUAUUCUAAUAACCGAUGAAGCGGCGAAACAGAAAGCUGAAGAUAGGCAACGGUUCCUGUGCGCUCUGGAGCACAACGGAGAGUACAUGGACCGGACACUGCCGAGACACAUGCUGGACAAUAAAUGCGUGAUCAUCUCCAAGCUCAACCCACCGCCUGCUGCCAGCAAUUAAAACGGCAGCAACAAGAAGGAUAACACAGAGCCAUAGGAUGACCAAAAAAAAAAAAAAAAAACAUACAAAAAAAGUAGAAAGCUUAGCCUUGUACACAAAACGCUUCGGCUUGUACAAGAACCAAUGAAAGUGGACCUGUUAUCAGAUAUAUUUUUCACGCUAAAGUGGACCUGUCCUCAGAGAUAUGUGUUUUCAUGUUGGGCAAUGUAACGGAAACCCCAAAUGGGACAGGGGUUAACGCCGUUUAAGAUAUUCCAUUCCCGUACCCAAGGCAGCUUAUCGACA